UCAUCAAAAUUACAACAAAAAUAUAAAAAAAAAGGGGAAUAAAGUUCCCAUAUUUGGAGAUUCUUCUUUGGCUUCUAUAAAUUCCAAAGCUUUCUCCUUUACAUUUUGGUCUUGGGAUUUGUGCUGCUGAUUUAUUGUUGAUCUCUCUUUUCUCUCUUUGGGCUUUGCUGCCCUUUAGCCAUUGAAAUCCAUGAUCUUCAGCACCCCAUGGACCCAUCUCCAGUGCACGCCACUCCUUCACUCCAUGAACACGAAGAUGAGUGGGACACUGAGGGAUUUGUGAUUCCAAGCUUGGGAAUUGAAGAAUCGGGUAAAAAUAAAGCUGAUGCUUCAGAAGUAGAAUCCUCAAAACCUCCUUCACAGACUAAAAUAGAAGAGAACAUCUACUUGGGACCACACGGUGCUCCUCCUUCACAAUCAAGGCAGCAAGAGCUGAAUCAAUCCAGUCGAAAGCAACGAUUUAAACAGAAACUGAAAGAAGCUGAUAGAAGGAUCAGUGGGACAGGGCGGGAAAAUAAGGUGGAAAAUUUGAGAGAGCUUGUAGGUGGUGGGAAAGCAAGCCCCAACAUGUCCAAGGGUUCUCCCAGGGAUUGGCUAGAUCCACAUUGUAAUGAGGCACAGUUUGAUAAGUGGUACCCCCAGUGAGUGGAGUUUUCCUUAGAUGAAGAUAUUUAUCAAGUGCACCAAUUAUUUUAAGUCUUUGUAUUGUUGGAGGCAAGGGAAUUAUCGAGGUUAUGUAUUUUGACAAUAAUCCAUCAAGCAGACCAUUUGGUUUCAGUGCUAAUGCAGAAGCUAUUUAAGUCAGAUUUUAAGUUCUUUUA